AUGCAGCCCAUCAUCAAGUUUGAGCGGGCAAAGAAGCGGAUUCACCUCCUCCCGCUUUGCUCUCCCACUCACCACCAGCUCAUUAUUAGCCUGCCGUUGUUCGGAACCAUCAAGUCAAGCCACCACCCAAGGGAUCGAUCGUCCAACGAUGACACAAAUCACGGGCUGUCGUGUGCCGCCCCGAAUCACCGCCGUUCCGCCGUUGCGCUUCAGGGUCCUUUCAACCCAUCCCGCCCCUGUCAUAUCACGCUUUCCCCGUUGGGACUCUUUGUCACUGUCUCCAUCGAUUCCAAUCUCCAUGCCGCCGGUCUAGACGACGUCUCCUCCCUCCGGCAUGCUAGGUAG